AUGUCUGCCUUGUCUCUGUCUCGGCCUUCUUCGCCUCCGCGGGCCGGCGGCCGCCUCUGCAGGCGGGCGGAGUGUGUCUCGUCUUCUCACGCACCGUCCUCUUCGACUACUCGCCCCGAGGCCGCAGCGCGGCAGCUGGCGUGCCUCGCGCCCGUCGCCCUCGCUCGCAGUCCUUCUUGCUCCUCUCCCCUGCGGCCUGCUGCGUGUUCCUCUCGCUCGCUCAGCUCUCUCUCUCCCUCUUUCUCUCCUCUCUCUUCUCUCUCUCCUCUCUCUUCUCUCUCUCCUCUCUCUCCUUCUCUCUCGUCGCGGCUGCCUCCGUUGCCGCUUCUCUUUGCAGCCGCGGCCUUCGCCCAGGCAGUAUGGGACUACGGGCGAGCGAGCCCGGAGGCAGACGAAGUGGGCGUCCGUCGCGACGGGCGCGAGCGGCUCGUGUCGCCCCUGGGUCAGCAGGGGCGCUUUUCGCUGAGCGCGGACUCCACCGAGGAGGACUCUCUCUCCGCGGAGCUGUCCUCGCCGUCUGCGGAGGUCUCCGAGCGGGAGUCAGGUCCCACGGAGCUCGCUGGGAGCCGGCGGCCUCUGCGGAAGAUGAAAGAGGCGACCCAGUCGGUCCCGCACUGGCAGCCUCCGCCGCGGGCGUACGCAGUCGCGACCGAGAUUGCCGAGGCUCCCUCCCCACACCCCUACCCCGUCCCCCCGCGGAGGAGGGGAACGCGCCUGAGGAAGCGCGCCCGCGAGCGAAAUCGACGCCCUCGCGCCAGUGGAACGCGCGCGAUGCGCCUUCCAGGCUGCGCAGGAGCUCCAGCAGCAGGCGCGUCCCAACGCGCAGCGAGCUAG